AGACUAUAACGUGCAGAAGGAAGCGACUUACUAUGAUUCCGAAUUGAAUCGAUAGCACGAGGUUCUUGCUCUUGGAAAUUCAGGGAAAGGGUCCUGUCUCUCUCGGGCCGGAUUCUGCCGCUGCCUUGAGGCUCGAGGCUGUUCUGAUUCAACAACUCGAACGAGUUCUGAAAGCAGUGGAAAGAUAUCAGUUACCCUAUGCAAGCAGUGAUGGUUACUUUGUACACCCUUCCUGAUCCCCUAUCCAUAAAUUCGUGGCCUUCCGAUUUCUAUUCUUCUGCUGGCAGAAUCUGAACCCCCGCUGGUUUGUUAACUGCAGGACGGGCUCUUCUUUUUUGGCGUCAUUGUACUGCAAUCAGAGGGGCAGGUCGUCACUGUUGCAGUUGUUUUGGCCGCCAUCAACCCUAGGACAAAUUCUUUCGACAUGGGUUCCGCCUCUCCGGUGCCUUUGAAUAUCUGGAUUUAUCUUAACUUGAUUUCGAACACCAUAUUAUUACCCUUUCUCGUUGCCACUUUUCUGUUCUCGACCCGUGCAAGCCGACACCCGACGCUCAUUAACCUCUGCAUAACGUGUAUAUUUUCCGGGAUCUCCUCUCUUCUUCUAUUCUACGUGGGGAAAUAUGAACCGGAUUCACCGGAGCCGCCGAAACCACUCUGUAUCGCACAGACAUCACUUUUGUAUGGGAUCGCACCAAUGUGGUCCGUCGCUGUUUUGGCUUUCGUGUAUCAUACAGUGGUCAUUACCAUUGGAGGAUAUGCUUGUCCAAGUCUCAGUAAGGGGAAGAUGGUUGUGAUGCUAUCGGCCCCUUACAUCGUACAAUGCUCGUUCAGCAUUGCAACCCUCAUUAUAUCCGUUUCCCAUCCAGACUUUGUAUCUCGCUAUCACCGAAAACUGUACUGUGCAUUGGCUUACUCACCUCUUUACAUUGCUAUGAGCCUGUUUACAUUUGCGGUUUGUGUAGCCAUUUUUGCGUUUGAAACUUACCUUGCUAGAUAUCUGUACCGCAACUAUCGCGGAAUGCGACAGGCCCGACACUCCACUGACCUCCACCCGACAUUGUUGCUUCGUGUUCUGCUGUUCGGACUGUAUAUUCUCCUUGGCAUGCUGGUCAACUUCGUCUCCAUACUCUACGAUCAGACGUUUAUCGAAGACAUGUACGCGGCAAUUUCCGGUACCGUUGUUUUCCUUGUCUUCGGAACCCAAGCCGAUGUCCUCCGUGUUUGGUGUUUCUGGCGUCGGGACGACUCACGCAACAAACCUUUACCGAUAUGUCCCGCUCAUUGAUUUUUCAAAAGGAUCUUCGCCAGAGGACAAAGGCUUGCCUUAGGCCAUCGCAGGGGUUCUAGAAUGAGGUGGUGCUGGAUACGGGAUCGGUUUUAUACUUCUCGGAAAUAAAUCCUAUCGUUCAAUUUUCGACGUGGAAAACAAGGCCUACGGUAGGCAUCAGUGCUUACAAGAACACUAUCGGACGGAGCGUUCUCUAUCGCCAUGAAAGAAUGACAUGUACAUUGACACGUAUAGUCUCUUGACCGGACCAGGAUCAUAUUUCCAGUCUUGCACUGAUGUGAUGAUAUGCUUCUAGUCGAAGAGAAAUUAACCUGAACUAUAAAGUAGGUCGGAGGGACAUGUGCCAGUCCACCAGGCACGAACUUUGAUGAGUUGUGACGAAACUUAAAAAGGUUCAUCGGUC